UUGAGGAUAUUGAGAAGGAGAUUGAGAGACAAAGACAGAUGGACCGCGUUUCUAAAAACCCACCCCCAGAUGAUUUCCGCUAUUUGGAGAUUCUCCCUAAGGUAGAGGAAAUCCAAACUGGAUACCAGCCGUUUCUUCGUCCUCAUUUGACAAGAGGGGUGUAUAUUGAUGCACACCACUACCUAGAUGUUCAGUUCAGACUCCUCAAAGAAGACUUUAUCUAUCCCCUGCGCAACGGGAUAUCAGAGUACGUAACUUUCAAGAAGAAUAACCCAAGUGGAAGGGCCAGGCCUCAGGAUAUACGAAUCUACGAGGAAGUUUACUACACACACUCUAACCAUGAUAACUUUGGAAUUUCACAUUACUUGUCUUUCAAAAACUUACCCCAUGUUAACUGGAAUUCAUCAAAGCGACUCAUGUAUGGAUCAUUGCUCAUGCUCUCCACGGAUGACUUCAAAUCGUUCAUAUUUGCUACAGUCGCACAGAGAGACAUUGAAGGUCUGGAGGAGGGACGGGUAGCUGUAUCAUUGGUAGACCGAGAGAAUGCAUCUUGUUUACUGAAUAAGAUGUUAGUGGUGGCAGAGUCAUCUAUCUUCUUUGAAGCGUAUCGCCCAGUUCUCCUUGGUCUCCAACGAAUCUCUACAUCGUGUUUGCCAUUUUCAAGAUACAUUUUGAAUCUGUCAUCUGAGGUCAUGCCACCUAAGUAUCUUGAAGAAGAUUCGAUUGCUCCAGCUGCUGCUGCUGAUGCUGAUGAUGAAUCACCCAUCGAUCCUGGUGUAAUCGAUAUCUCCCCGCUCUUGAAACAGACACGAAAAUGCUCAGUUAGAGUGCUUGACAAUAGUGCUUGGCCCGAUAUUGAAGAAGUACAGUUGGACCAAUCACAAUAUGAGGCUGUUAAGACAGCUCUUACAAAAGAAGUCUCCAUCAUACAGGGUCCACCGGGGACUGGGAAGACAUACAUUGGCUUAAAGAUCGUAAGGACCCUCCUUCUAAACAGAUGCAUCUGGUCAAGUGAAGAAAAUCCUCGACCAAUAUUACUUGUGUGCUUCACAAACCAUGCAUUGGAUCAGUUUCUGGAGGGGAUCAUAAAAUUUCAAAGGACUGGAAUCGUGAGAGUUGGAAGCCGCAGUAAGAGUCAACAGUUGGAGGACUUUAACCUUUCUCGUCUUGUUCGUACGCGAAGGGGUGCAAAUAAUGAAGAUUACGUUCAGCAACGAGUACUAAACAUCAAGACAGAACUUGAUGGUAUGAAGAAGCGCAUCGCACGGACACAAGCAAGGAUAGAUAGUGCCCAAUUCGGGAUCAUUAACGAGCACGAGUUGGGACCUUUUAUGUCGCAGCAACACUAUGAAAGCCUCAUGCGUCAUGCCGAUCUUAAAAGGUUACCUUCUUGGCUCGUAAAGUGGCUUCUCUGUGAAUCUCAGCAAGACAGAGAUUGGAACCAGCAAAAACUGGAAGAUUACCAACAGGAAAAAGAAAAAGAGAAAGUUACGAAGCAGGAUUCUGUCAACAAUGGAACAACAGUCGAGGUAGAAUAUGAACGAAAUGCUAUUGAAUUUGACAGAAUGAUUGAUGACGGCUCUGACGAAGAGGGCGAAUCCAGUGAUGAAACUUCCGAAGAAGAUGAGUACGAAGACAACUCUCUCUUGGGACUCGACUUGAAUAAUCUGAUAAAAGAGGACGAGUAUGACUUAAGGUGUUACAUCGAGAAGAAACUCUCCGUUAAAGAUGUCAUCGAACUCCAUGAACUUCAGUCAAUUAUGUCAAAGGAUGUUUGGACUUUGCAUCCAAAUGAUCGAUGGGCUCUCUACCAUAUAUGGGUGAAAAACUACCUUGAAGAUAUGAACACGAGAUUAUCGGAUUUUGAAACGGGAUUCAAGCAACUUUGUGUUCAGCUAGAUGAGGCAAAAGACAUCGAUAAAUACCAUGCCCUUCGGGAGGCAACUCUAAUAGGCAUGACUACAACUGGAGCAGCAAAACAUCAGCAAGUUUUACAAAGAGUCCGUCCAAAGAUCGUAAUAGUAGAAGAAGCAGCUGAGGUACUUGAAGGACACAUCAUAACGUCAUUGAAUGCAUCAUGCCAGCAGCUUAUUCUUAUUGGAGAUCAUCAACAACUUCGGCCGAAACCAAACGUGUUCCUCUUGGCAAAGAAGUAUCAUCUGGAUGUUUCAUUGUUUGAGAGAUUGAUCAACAAUGGGUUUCCUUAUUCUCAGCUGGAGAUCCAGCAUAGGAUGCGUAUGGAGAUGUCGGAACUCAUGAAAAGAAACUUCUACAACAACCUUCAAGAUCAUGAAACUGUGAAGACGUACGAAAGUGUGAAAGGAGUACAGAAGAAAGUCUUCUUUCUCGACCACGCAGAACCAGAAGAUGAAAUGGAAGAUACCCAGAGUCACUACAAUCUCCAUGAAGCCAGAUUCAUAGUAGAAUUGUGUUGCUACUUUCUGAGGCAGGGGUAUCAGCCCGGUCAGAUUACAAUUCUAACUCCUUACACAGGUCAGCUGCUGAAAAUCAAGCAAAUGAUGAAUGAUCCCCUAUGUGCAGGAGUACAUGUCACCACGGUAGACAACUAUCAGGGAGAAGAAAACGAUAUCAUUCUUCUGUCAUAUGUAAGGAGCAAUAACCAUGGAAACAUAGGAUUCUUGGGUAUUUCAAAUCGUGUGUGUGUCUCCUUGUCAAGAGCAAAGGUGGGGCUCUUUUGUAUUGGAAACUUUACACUCUACGCAGAAAAGAGUGAACUAUGGAAGGGGAUCGUAACUGAUCUGGAAUCAUGGGGCUCUAUUGGUGAUUCUCUGAUACUGAAAUGCACCAAUCACCCUGACGUGACAACACAGGUGAAAACUGAUGGUGACUUCAAGAAAGUACCUGAAGGGGGAUGUAACAGAGACUGUGAAGCUAGAUUGAGAUGCGGACAUGUUUGCCGUAUGAAAUGUCACCCGACUGAUAGAAACCACCUCAAAUACAAAUGCAAAGCUCCUUGCUCCAACGUAAUAUGUAAGAGAAGUCAUGAAUGUCCAAGACUCUGCUCAGAUCCUUGUCCUCUCUCCUGUUCAGUCAUGAUACAGAAAGAACUGCCCUGUCACCAUGAAUGCACAACAGAAUGCGAUACAGAUAUUCAGUCAAUCGAUUGUCAAGUAAGGGUUGAGAAAACCCUGAGCUGUUCACACGUCCGUAAUCUUCCAUGCCACGCAUCAACUGAUGGACUUGAGAGGGAAUGUAAGGAAAUUACCAUCAAGGAACUUCAAUGUGGUCAUAGAAAGACAGAGGAGUGCAGUGGAACCGGCAGGUGUGAUGAAAUAGUCAAGAGAGUUUUGAAAUGCGGCCACAUCUGUGAAGCAAAGUGCCAUACAGACCUGCAGAGCAUCAUUUGCAAGGAAAAGGUUGAGAAAACCCUGUCUUGUUUUCAUACACACACGCUUCUCUGUUCUACAAAUACUGAUAGCAUCAGGUGUACUGAAAUUACCCGAAAAAUGCUUCCAUGUGGACAUGAAAUCAUCGAUGAAUGCAGCAGUAACGUCAAAUGUUCAAAGAUAGUAAAGAAGAAACUGCAUUGUGGUCACAAAUUUUACAUAAUGUGUUCGACUGAUGUUGAAACAGUUAAGUGCAAAGAAAUGUGUGAAAAGGAGCUUCCAUGUGGCCACAAUUGCAAAGAAAUGUGUGCGAAACCUUGUACAAAGAACUGCCACGAACUUAUCGCCAGACAUGACUGGCCUUGUGGUCAUAAGGUAAUCGUGAAAUGCUGCGAUGAAAGUGAUGCAUGUUACGUCCCUUGUGGUGGGUUACUGGAAUGUGGACACCCGUGCAAAGGAACAUGUGGAGGUUGCUCACAGGGCCUUUACCAUCUUCCCUGCAACGAGAAAUGCAAAAAGAAACUGGUUUGCGGCCACGAAUGUAACCUCAAGUGUGGUGCACCAUGCCUUUCUUGUAAGAAAAAAUGCAGUCGGCGUUGUCGCCACUUGCAGUGUAAUCGUCUGUGCAGUGACCCUUGUGAGGGUAUUGACGAAUGCAUGAAUCGUUGUAAGUGGAGAUGUGACCACUACGAGUGCAAGAAACUGUGCUUCGAGUUUUGUGACAGACCCCCUUGCGAUGAGCCCUGCCCGAAGCCUCGAAAAUGUGGUCACCCCUGCAUCGGUCUUUGUGGUGAGAUCUGCCCUAAUAAAUGCCGCAUCUGUGACGAAGAGGACGAGCAGCUUCGCUUCUUUGGAACGGAAGACAUCCAGACAGCAAGAUACAUUCAGCUAGAAGAUUGUGGACAUUACUUCGAGGUUAAAGCGAUGGACAAUUUCCUUGGACUCGACAAUAAGAACGACGAUGAAGAGACCUUCACUAAAUUGUCGGUAAAAGCAUGCCCAAGUUGCGAAAAGCCCAUUCAACUGAGUCGUCGCUAUGGUAACCUCCUUAAAAAGUCUUCAAAAAUUAAGCCUAUGAUCGUGGAAAAACUUAAACAUGCUUCCGAUGAGGACAAAUACUUCCUUAGUCAAGUCACCUUGGCAAUCAAGUCAGCAAGAGAAACCAUUCAAUCAAUGUCACCCUCCAAACCCACGUCAAAGUCCAUGUUCAGACAUGUCAGAAGGGUACCGCUUCCGGGUGCAAAGACGAUGGUUAACAAACUUUAUCUUGACAAGCUUCGUGAACUAUUAAAGAUAUCGACAGACAAACUGGCCGAUAGUUGUACGAAGUUAUCACAGCAUGAACCCCUAGACCAGCGGGCUGGAGAUAUCUGCAAUGAGACGAAUCGGAUCAAGAUCAUGUGCAACUUGACCAAAGUAUUGAAGACAUUACCGAGCGAUAAACCAAUCGGCGUACCCAGACUUUUAUCUGAACUUGAGACAGGAAGGAGUAUGACCAAGGUUAAUUCCUUACUCGACUUCAUCUCCAAGAAAAAUGACAUCAGUCUUACCAGUAUCAAACCACCGGCUCUCGAACGCAACCCGGCUCUCGAACGCAACCCGCCUCUCUCCUUAGAUGUUUCCAUGUGGUCAACAUGCCCGGAAGGACAUCCUCUCCCGGACCGUCAACUGGAUACGAUGAACAAAUGUAUAGACUGCAUCAGGGAAACGCGGACAGAGACCCGUGCAGUUUUUCCAGGGGAGAAUCUAGUUGUUCAGCAUGGCCAGCUGCGGAAUAGGAGACGAAGACGAAGACAUACAUGA